AUGAUGAAGGCGUCAGUGCGUCCGAUAUUCAGCGCUGUGUUUCUCAUUGCCGCCACCGCCACUCUCUGCUUUCGAAUCAUGGUUUCCAGCGGCGGCGGUGGUGGGGAAUUCUUCUCCCGGAACUACGUCGGGGAAGCUCAGAAGCCUGCACCGGUCUUUAAUGAGACAUUGUUAAGGUUUGCUAUGAUCGACCUAGCUGAAGAUUCAUUGAGACAAGAUGUCGAACAGUUGGUGGACGGUAAUUUCCGAACCAUGGAUGGUAGUCGCCAACGUUCGUUUCUAUGGUCAGGCCGCCACCGUAUAGAUAUUCGAGCUAGGUCUGCAAGGGGUGUCCCUGUACUUCUCCGGUCACCGGAGUUUUACAGGCUCUGGUUGGAUUUCCGGCGAUAUUUGCAAACCUGGUGGCGCAACCGCCGUUUCCAGACUGAUGUAAUGUCAGAUAUGGUAAAUACAGUAAAGAUUCUCAACACCGGUGUAAAUGCAACUGCUCGGAAGUCAGGAUUGAAGUACAAAACUUGUGCUGUAGUGGGUAACAGUGGGAUCUUGCUGAAAUCCGAUCUUGGUAGCUUAAUCGAUAGUCAUGAUUUUGUCAUCCGAUUAAACAACGCAAGAACAGGUGGAUUCGAACGCAAUGUAGGUUCCAAAACCAGUCUUUCUUUCGUCAACAGCAACAUCCUGCACUUAUGUGCUCGAAGAGAAGGUUGUUUUUGUCACCCAUAUGGAGAAAAAGUCCCGAUCAUGAUGUACAUGUGUCAGAUGAUCCAUUUUCUUGAUUACGUUGUCUGUAACUCCUCCCACAAAUCACCAUUAAUGAUCACAGACCCACGAUUUGACAUCUUAUGUGCAAGAAUCGUGAAGUAUUAUUCAGCUUCAAGGUAUGCAAGCUGUUAUGUUAGCUGUGGGGAUCUGUGA